CUCUCUCUCGCUCGCUCUUUCUGCCUUGGACCUUGAAGCUUUCUUUCCCUUGUGUGCCUAUCCUUCCUUCCAAAGAUCUUUCUGACAUCUCGUCAUCCCUUUCGCUACCGUACCUCGGGCAAACGCACGACUCUUACCAAUCCACUCUCGCUACCUUGUCUACUGUCACUCUGCCUACCGGGCUGUCAGCUUUCUCUCGUUAUUUUCUUGUGUCAUUUGCCUCUUGAGACAUUGAAUAUCGGCCGAUCCAUCGAGUCCAAGACCCUCUUGCACAAUUCUUUCCCCUUCUCCUCCUCCUCCUCCCCCAACAAGCUUCCUUGUCUCGCCCGGUGACCGGAAAGGCGUUUAAUUUGCAUCAUCUUAGCAUCUACCGUCUUUUCUCUCCUGUCGCAUCAGAGCAGCAGCGCGCGUUCCCUGGCGACAAGAAAAAAAGGUGGAGGCCGUCAUAAUAUUCCCAGCUCCGCUAUUUAUCGCCCUCUCUCACUUUGAAACGUUCCAGCUCCAGUCUUGGACAGGGAACCCUUCACCCCGACCGUCACCUCCCGCUGCGGCUGCACCAACUUUCAGAUUUCCCAGUCCUGCUCGCUGCUCAGACACCCUCGCUCGACCUUGGGAUUUCUCCGUGUACACUACUACACACAGUAUCUACUCCGUACGGAUACGCAACAGCCUCCUCUUUUUUGCGUUGUCCUUGCGUCGACAGUUGAUCCCCGACGAAGCUGCCGCUGGAUUGGACCUUGCAACGAACCAGGAAAGCAAAAACCCAGACAAACCCGCUCAACCACCACAACCACAACCACAACCACCACCGAACAACAAGACCUAGACCCAGACAGACCCAGAUCAAGGUUUAUACCUGAGAAGGGACGCAAGAGAAGCAGCUGGUUGCCUCGCCUCACCACCAGUCGUUCGUUCCUUUUUCGCUCGUUUUACGGCUCCGCCUCGAUUGUUCCUUCUUGUCUCGAGAACCUGAACGGUUUGUUCCUACGGACCCCGAACGGAUACUAUUCAUAUCUCAUUAUCCACACCCUGGAUCGCCCACCCUCAACGAACGAACCCUCCCGUCCACUUGCCGCCUUGUAUCUUUUUCUCCCUCCCUCUGCCGGCCCAGAGCAUACCUUACCAUACCGAUCGCCGACAAACCCAAAACCAAAGAAACACCUUUCCUUGCCUGUACACACCCCAGGUUUUUUUGUCAUGUCCAAUUGAGGGGGAAUUCCUUAACUUGACCUUAACCACACCUUAUCUCACAAGGCCGCCUUACUACAUACCUUAACUUGGGAGACUGCAGACGUCGUGCCACCGUAACACACCGAGCAUUCCGGCCGUCCUCCCUUACCCAACCCAAAUCGACCCUCGUACAUUGCAUUCCUAGUCGCAACUGCAUGCUCUAGGUCACUGUUGCCCGCGCGAUCGCAAAUAACAGCCCACCAGAGCUCGGCACGGGCACCGACACCUGCACCUGCUGCUUGUCUCUGUCUCUGUACCUGUGUGUACUGGCAGAGGAAUCCUCUCUAAUUGUGUUGGUGCGACUUGCCAUGAAAUGAAAGGCCCGACGCUGACGAUGGCUCCGGCCGUUGUCCAACCAGUUAAUGGUUCUUACCUACACCGAUCCCAUACCUCCGACGACCGUAACAACGCCUCAGGAGCGUCUACAACUUCAUCAACAACAGCACCCACACAGCAGAAAGGCUCGAGCGUGCAGGGACGAGCUGCAUUCGAGCUUCCCUCAUUUGACACCCUUCCCGAGUUCAACACCAACCUCUACCUCGACGGCAAGUCCAAGGAAGCUGCUGCUAAAGAGCAGGCGGCCGCAGCCGCAGCCGCAGCAGCCGCGCCACGACCAAACCCGGCCAUGUUGUUAAAACCUCCAAAAGAGGAGGACAAGGAGAACACGAGAGAUGGAAAGCAAAAGGAGAAGGACAAAGAUGCCGAGAAGCUGCAGAAAAGGGGGAGGAGGGCUUCAUUGAUGGAGCGACGUAAAUCUUGGCUACCAACAUCUAGAUCGCCGUCAAAGUUCAAGGAGCCGCCGGUGCCCGAACGACCCGCCAUGCCCGAAAGACCCAGCACUCAUGCCGGAGACCACGUGAGCGCUGCACCUCUUGCUGCGACGUCUGCCGCCCCCGUAGCACCGACACCGCCGACGCGACCUCUCGAGCCAGAACGCCCCAGGACGGUCUCGGAGAGUUUUGCUACCUUUGCGAAGAAGUCAUGGAUGUCCACAUCCCGUUCCCCGUCCCCGAAGCGAAAUCCAGACCCUCCCGCUCCACCGCCUUCUCGCCCUUCCCGAAGCAGGGCCCCAAGUAACGAGAACAUCAAGGGUGUGGACUCGACCCGCAAGAGGCCAGUGUCUAUGCUGGUCGACACAGAGACUGCCGCUUCAAAGAGUGCCGAAUCAUUAAAGCCUGCACGCACCCUGAACAGAACCAGCACUUUCUUGACAAAGAUUAAGCAGCGACCGAAAAGCAUGCUCAUCACCCUGGGAUCAAACAACGAGAUCGAUACGAAUGCUUUGCCCCCAUCAUCACUGAGCCUGCCUCCGCCCAAACCUGCUGUUGAGAACGAUCAGCCCAGCAAGAAGACCAAAAACAGCAGUAACAACAACAACAAUAAUAGUAAUAAGAUCAAAAAGCCCGAGUCGAAACCAGCUUCGUUCGCCGAAUCCCAAACAACAGCAACGGACGAGUCUCUGAUGAGCGAAAUGUCGGUCAACAAGGACACCAUCUGGUCGGUUUUCCGGUCGCUCGACACCGAGAGUGGAAGCUUCGCCACCAAAACCAUGGCCCAGCGCAUGCAUUCCGUGCGUGUAACCUUGUUGCCAUUUUUGCGAACCUAUAUGAAUCACAUCACCAACAAGGGACUCAUUCUGGAAGAUGUCGAGCGGAGGGCGAUUGUGCUGAACAAGUGGUGGACUGGUUUGCUGGAUAUGCUGGACGGUCAGGGCCAGCAGCUCCCAGGCGUUGACCGGCCGGUUCUGCUGGAGGCUUUGACCAUGCUGAUGAUGCGACCAGAAUGGCGACAGACGACGACGUACUUCAUGUCGUUGGUGGAUCGCUCACCAAACGAACGCGUCCGACCGCGAUCGGGCACCCAGUCCACAGCAGACUCAUCACAGGCAUCGAGCCAAGCUUUCCUUGCCGAAUCCGCCGAGCACAAUGUACGGACCAUGUUUGUGAGCAACCUCAUGAGGCAGAUGCAAAUCGUGGUGGAGAAGAUGUCGCUCCGACACGCACCUCUCAGUCUCGUCAAUUGGUGCGGUAAGGCGUGCGCGUACGCGUUCUUUUUCUGCCCGUCUGUGGCCGAGAUCCUCGUGCGAUUGUGGGAUUUGCGACCCGAGCUCAUUCGAAGGACGGCUGACGAGUUUGGGCUGCCCAAGAAGAAUGGCGGCGAGAGCGAGGACAUCAUGGCCCUAUUCCCACCUAAUGUGGGCGUAUUGGGCUGGCAAUCGCAAAAGACAAUCAGUGCUCGCUUCAAGGAACGAGUGAAACUUUCCGUGAUGGCGGCGAGGAUCCCUUGGUUCAGCCCUUGGGUGACGCGAUGGCGUGGUGGUGAUACUGACUUGUUUUUCAUCUUCUGCAAGUACUACCACAUUCUAUCCGAGGAGUUCAUGCCCGAAGGCCUCCCUCUGCUUGAGAAGGCGCGGUCACCAGGUUUUAUACUGGUACAGGCGCAGAUUCUUGCGUGUAUCGAGUCCACGAUCCACCGCCAGGCCGAAGUCGACGCUAUUUACAACCCGCCCAUGCCGACGGAUUCAUUUUACGGUGCUGAUGCUGCUGCGACCGCGAUGACAAUUCCAGGGAACUUAUUGAAGAACAUGGCCGAGAACCGCCUCAUUGUGUUGUUGAAGGAUAUUCUGGGCGAAACGUUACCAGUCAUUGCUGCCGCGAGACGAACCUUUGCUGAAGCCUUCCUCUCUGUGACUCGUGCUGCGACCCGCCGCGUAUCCGCUUUCGACCACAGCGCCGUGUUCACGCUCUGUGAUUUCUUGGAAGAGGCAUUGGUGGCGUACGACCAGCUCGACGAUCUCGAGAACCCGAAUAUCGCCAAGAGUAUCGACUGGUCUUUUUGGCUCAACGUCUGCAGAAAGAUGCUCAUUUCCGACAACGCUAUGACGGAAGUUCGGCUCCUGUCCUUCAUCUUCUCGACCUGGGAGGCAGUCACGGCAAAUCCGGUACGGAAGAAGGCUUUGUGUCUGGACUGGCUGCUUUCCGAGGAGACGUUCGACACUUACUUCAAUCACUGGUGCCCAAUGGUGCGCGGCUACUACAUGCGCCUGCUCUGCUGGCGCAUAUGUCGUGACGGCGGCAGCGCGAACGAAGUUGACGCUGAAAUCUUCCUUGUUGCCGCAGCGAGACUGAAGACCGUCUGGGCCCACUACCUCUUCCUCCGCAACGACGCCGAUGCCGCAGGAAGGCUUCCGCCCUCGACAUCACCAUGCCUCCCCACGCCGGGCAAGAAGUUCAUGAUCAUCCGUACGGAAGUGAACAUUCCGCAACCAGGCUACUUCAACCAGCCUUUCGACUCGUUCUCCAAAAUUGUCAAUGGCGAGGGAGUCAUGUCAUCAACACCGGCGACAGAAACCAAGGAGGUUGCCAAGCCCGACAACAGCAAGAAGCGCUGGUCUCUGCUUGGCAAGGUGCUGUCUUUGGGUGGUAACGGUUCGGAUAGCGAGGACAAUGAGUCCUCGCGCAAGGAAACGACGCCGCCCAAGUCUGCCACUCUUUCCAAACGCCGUCAAGGAGGCCCGCCUCUGCCUCCCAAAAUUUCCACUUCAUCGGCCUCAGCUGUCACGACGUCGUCUGACGGAAGCUCGCCGGGCGCCUCGCCAAUCUUCAUGGAGCAGAAGUUCGUGUUCAAGUUCACGCUGACCUGGCAGUCUCCUGCUGUCGCCCAGCCUCGCGAUCGUAUCCUUACUCGCCCGCGCCUCCCCGCCCCGGCGCAGGCCUGGGUCACUUCCCGUUCGAGGAGCGGCAGCAACCCUCCUCCACCUGCUGCUGGUCUUCCCGAUCCUACACGAUGUGUCUCUGGCUCCAAGAAGAAGGGCCUUGUCGACGAAGCCAGGAACGCCAGUCCUCUCGCCUCCCCCACCCUCGAGCGCAAGUCUUCGGUCACUGCGGUAUCGUCAUCCUCUCUCGUGCGCAGGCUCAGCAACAAGUUCGACUUUGAGAACAACCCGAACGUCGAGCUGAUGACCUUCGACUUUGAAAGUGCAGAGAAGUCAUCUGCUUCAUCCGUGUCUUCCGACUCAUCAACGGCCUCAUCGCCUACCGAGAGCAAGACCGAGGAGGAGGCGCAGCAGCCGUCGGAGCCUGAGCCCCAACCCCCGCAAUCCAAGGCCAUGGCCCAGGCUCAUGCCGUGCUCCAGGCUCAGCAACGGCCUCAUCUGUCCAAAUCUGGAAGCCGUAGGACCGGCCCCGAGCCUCUUACGCAGCCCCUUCGCCCGACGGGAAUUUACGUCAAGCGCGCCGUUUACGCCGGUCGUGCUUUGGCCGAGUGGAGCAUCGUCGUUGCCGAAUGCAACGGCUUCGUCGACCGCAGACGCGAUGAGGGUGUUCUUGGCCUCAGCGAUGUGGAAGUCCCGAUGCUUACUGUCGAAGGCUUCCGAAAGCUCGGCUAAAUACCUAGUCUACUAUACCCGCCAUGCUUGCUCUCAACACUCGAAUGCAUUCAUACACGAAAAUUGCGUAUCUCUUUCACAGCAACGAAAGUUACGACAUGGAACCGGAGAAGAACACUAAACGAUUCUCUCUCCGCAUGACAGCAAUAACAGCAACAUCAAAGAGUCUGGCGUUGACGAGCACAUCCCUCGCAGCCUCACGAGGCGGGCUUAUCAUUUCAUUCAUGGAGAAUUUCUUUGCAUCGCCACAGCAUUAUAUGGAUCCGUCCAAGCCGACGGUCGCUUUACUCAAAGCUCUUGAACGAGCCCUCCUUUUCAUCUCUGUUUCGGCGCUCCUAUUCAAGUCUUCGCAGCCCAGAGCAAUUUCCGACUUUUUCUCUCCCAAGCUCAGGUGGCUUUUGCUCUUCUUCACCGUCAGUAUUGUUCGAACCACCACAUCAUCAAAGUAAUGAUAGUUUAAAUCUCUUCCCUUCUUACUCGUGGUCACUUGUUUUGAUUUUCGGCGUUUUUGGGGUCAAACUGGAAAGAGCGGAUAACCAAACUCCCUCUCAGUUCGGGAUCUUCAAGGGAUGUCAAGGGAUGUGUGUGAGGAAUCAGGGUUCGCAAUUGUUUUUCGUUUUGAGGCCUAUCAAGGGAGCUUCUUCUGCUUCCCUUGAGAACUUUGUCUUCUUGACUUUUUGCUUCAUUUCUUUUUUUGCGUUCGUCACAAACCGGGGAACACGGGACGGAUUGUUUCAUUUUUUUCAACUGAUCGGGUCGCAUUACACACACAUGCCAAUCUUUGUUGCUUUGUUCGAAUCUAAGGGAAGGGGCCGAGAGGAAGACAGGUAUUGAAGGAUAUAUCCCAAACAAAUCAAAGUCCAAUGAGAGACAACAUUCUGAAUC